AUGUGUGUGCGUCCAAAGUCAGAGCUGGGUGGGUCUACGGCCGUUCACAUUUUCCAAAUAACUUCCAGGGCUGUGUGUUUGAGCGCUUUCAGAGGGUCACAAUGUUGAUGCUGGCUGGAAUUGUUGUUGUGCAUCUCACCGCCAUUAUCCUGCUCCUGGUUGCUACCAUUGAUAAUGCCUGGUGGUUGACUAACACUGUGUCGACUGACCUGUGGGGAAGAUGGGAGCUGGUCAACUCAGCCUGGCAUUACACCAACCUCAAAGACUUUCCCGAGGAGUACCUCCAGGCGGUGCAGGCGACUUCAGUGCUGGCAUGCAUCUUUGCCAUCCUGGCCCUGUUUGUCUUUGUGGCUCAGCUCUUCACUCUGCCCAAAGGCCAACGCUUCACCUUCACUGGUGUUUUACAACUGCUCGCCUGUCUGUGUAUAAUGAUAGCGGCCUCCAUCUACACCGCCACCUUCCAUGCGGGCGAAGACGGAGGAUAUGGACACUCCUAUGUCCUGGCCUGGAUCUCCUUUGUCCUCACGCUGCUUUUAGCCAUCACCUACCUUGUCCUGCGGAAAAAAAGCGAGUAGGAAGAAAGGGAGAUGUUAGGUUCUGGGAUCACAUUCCUUCUUAAUUGGGAUAUUCAACAAGUCUAAAUAUAUGUUUUAGUGAGUACAAUUCGGGAGUAAUACUUUUACUUUAUUUUAAUACUAAAAUAAGCUAAAUUCACAUUUCUGUUACUGUCAUUAGCAAGUUUCCCCCCUUUUAAGUUGUUUGGAACCCUUUUCAACAAGCUAAUUUACAUUAUAACCAUAACAUACUACAUGUAAAAGAAUCAAUUCACAAUAACAAGUUACAAUGAUGUACUAUAGAUAUUUAGGUACAUUUGUAUGUUACCUUGUAAGUGAACGAGUAAGGCGAUAACGUUGCUACUCGCUUUCAUAGACUAUGACCCUACCAGCUAGCUGCCAGUUAGCUUAGCAUGAGCAAAAUCUGGGAGAAGUCUUAGCUCUACAUUUGUAUUUGUUUUUUUUAGAGUUUACACAAAUGUAACAUUCAGAAGUUUUUUUUAAAAAAAUGGUUAUUGUUACAUUUUAUAGUAUAGCCGGCAUGCUAAGCUAAUUCAAAGUGUAUCUUAGCUCCAUAUUUACAGUGCAAACAGGAGUGAACCAUCUCUGCUCCUUUAAGGGCCUCACACUGCUGGCUGUUUUGGAAUAAAGCCACCAGUUAAAGUUUAUUUUGGAAGACUGUGGGGUUGAAAAAAAUAAAAUAAAGCGCUUACUAACCUUGAAUAAAGCGGAGGCUGAUAAUGUAUCUGCAAAGGUACAGCAUGUUAGCAACACUACAAGUUCCCUGUUGCAGUACUUGAACAAGCUAAAAAAAACCCAAGUAGUUUUAAUUCAUAUAUCUUUAUGAAGUAUAAUGUAUCCUCGUUUUAUCCAUGUACAUUGUUACCAUUAUAUUUUUGUAACAUUUUGUAAUGUUUUUUUCCCUCAAACUAUGUUUUGCAUUUUGUUGUAGUUGGCUGCUAUCCUAAAAAAGUACUUUGUACAUGUGAACCAAGUAUGGAGGACAACAGUGUUUCAUUUGACCAUUUUCUAAACAAUGCAUUAGAAGGUUUGUAAUUACAUUGGAAUUGAAGCCAUAUAUUAUCAAUAAAACAACUUGUAACAA